AUAUGUGAUGUUUCAAAUACUUGUUUGACAAGUAUAAAUAGUGGGUGGAACCACAAGUAGUCAAAAAUGUAUCCACCUCAAAAGGAGGAGUCUUAAAAAAGGACAAGCGUUGGCCUUCGGAAGGAAAAACUAUAUGAGACAGUGUUGCUCCAACAAUAUCUCAGUUUGAUUAUUUGCUUACAUAAUAAACAUUAUUGUUUUGAACUCGGAUCUUUUCCAGUGAAAUUUUCGAAUAUCUUUGAGACACCAAUAUCUGUAAACUACAGCAUAGACAAAGUGUUGGAGCAGGAGUUGAGACUUUAUCAACUGGCCCAGCCUGAGCUUCUUUUUGUCCGACAAGAACACACGAUGUCGACACCGGCUUCCAAGAAAACAUUGUGCCUAAGAAAUACAGCCGCUAUCGGCGUCAUUGGAUCUAUUCUGGCAUUCACUCUGUAUUUUGAGGCACCACCUCCUGUUUGCCCCCCUAGAUUUUCUCAAGAGGUAUCUAGCCAUCCACAUGAAAAGCCCAUAGUCCUGGUGUGGUUCUGGCCUCUCAAUAUAAAGUUUGAUUUCAAAAUCUGCUCAACACACUUCCACAUUGAUAGCUGUUUUCUGACGGAUGAUAGAUCCCUCUACAGUCAAGCAGAGGGAGUCAUUUUCUACCAGAAAAAUAUAGACUGGCACUUAAAAAGAAUGCCGCAGGACCCCCGUCCAGCUUUUCAGAAGUGGAUUUGGUUCCAUGUGGAAUCGCCGACGAACACAGGGAGGUAUCCGGGUCUGAUCCACCUGUUCAACUUAACGCUGAGCUACAGAAGAGAUGCUGACAUCACCGUGAGGAAUGAGCUCACGAUCAGAAAGACAGAACUGAAAGAGAACAUUGUUCUGCCCAAGAAAGACAAACUCGUGUGUUGGAUUGUCAGUAACAAAGACCCUAGAACUGGAACAGCUGUGAGAGAACGAUAUUAUCGUGAACUAUCCAAACACGUCAAGAUCCACAUGUUUGGUGGAGCCUAUGGAGGGCACAUUUUGAGUUAUGAUGAAUAUUAUUCAACCAUUGCGAGCUGUAAGUUUUACCUCUCAUUUGAGAACUCGAACCACAGAGACUACAUCACAGAGAAGGUUAACGGGCCCCUGGUGGCGGGGACGGUCCCUAUAGUUUUGGGUCCGCCAAGAGAAAAUUACGAGCAGUUCCUUCCUGCCGACGCCUUCAUUCACGUAAAUGAUUUUCCUGAUGCAAAGUCAAUGGCAGACUUUCUGCUGCAAAUGAAUGACGAGGCGUAUGCACGUUACUUUGAGUGGAGGAAGUUCUUCACAGCCACCCCUCAUCUGCUGGCAACCAAGAAUGAAUUCAUUUAUCCUAUCUGCCUCGCCUGUGACCACAUAUCAAGAGACAAGGAUUUCCAUGUAGUUCAGGACCUUUAUGAGUGGUACUUUAGGAAACAGAAUUGAGUGUCAUUUGAUAGUGGCUCACACAUGCAAAUAUUGUUGACUUUCUUGUAUAUUGUGUAGUUUAGUCUAUCACACACAAGCGCAUGCAGCUUUCUCGCUGACGAUGUUGCACAUGUAGAUCCAGGUUCUGGAUAAGACACGACAGAGAAAUGAUACCACACCUGUUGAAGUUUCAGUGUAUCACGUGCUAUGUCGUUUCAAACAUUGUGUUUGAGCUUAUAUAGGUGAGGGUGUUACGUGUCAGUGUUGUGCAAAUAAAUCUCAUUUGAACCAGUUACUCCUACUUUUAAUCUUUUCAUGUAUUCUUUGACUGUCAUGUGUUCGUUUCCCCCACUUAUCCCCUCUAGACCAAGAAGGGGUAACAAAAUCGUACGUCCCCUUAGUUGUCAAAUAAACAUUCACUAUAAAAAUU